AUGGUUCCUGAUGCAGAUAAUAUUCCGCUGAUCAAUGACGACAGCAGAGAACACAAAGUUACAUUGAAGGAAAGACUAACAUCAUGCAGAUGGCACGUUGGAUAUGUGACAUGCUUAACACUGGCAUGUACCAUGCUUCUGCGUAUAAAUAUGAGCAUGGUCGUUGUGUGCAUGAAUCCCCCAAAUAUGACUUCACUUGUCGUUGUCAAUGGAACAAAUUACACAGUUGUGGAUGAUUAUAUGAAAUAUUACGUCGAAUGGGAUAGUACUAUGGAAGGUCUACUCAUUUCCGGAAACUACAUAGGCCAGAUGAUAACAGCUCUUGUCCUCGGAACAAUGUCUGGGCGGUACAGCAGCAAAUACAUCAUUGCCAGCAUGAUAUCCGUCAUGGCUGUAUCGUCAGUGUUAACACCUGCUUUUGUUUUUGUCAGUGACUACAUCGUUCUUGUCCUACGAAUAAUUGUAGGCAUGGCAACGUCCGGAUUGGAGCCAUGCGCGACUCAGCUACUUUCUAACUGGGCGCCACUUAACGAAAGGGCUCAAAUGAUGGUUCUUGUAGAAACAGCGCGGAGUUUAGGAGGAAUGAUGAAUUAUAUCCUCGCAGGAUUGCUUUGCUCCAUUCCAUUGUUUGGAGGCUGGCCAUUCAUUUUCUUCGUCUUUAGUGGACUUAAUCUGUUGGUAUUGAUUUUAUGGGCUUGUCUGGUUUAUGAUGCUCCAAGUAUUCACCCCAGGAUAUCGACUACAGAAAAGAAUUACAUACACUUACACAAGGCCUCUGUUGCACAGAACAAGACAUUGCAUAUCCCGUGGUUGCAAGUGAUAUCGUCAAAGGCUGUGUGGGGAUGUGUGCUUGGAUUUCUAACUUAUGGAUUUCUUUUUAUUAGCCUUGCCAUUUGUCUACCAUUGUAUUUUGAACAAGUACUGGAGCUCGAUUCGACGUUGAAUGGUUUUGCAUCGGCCCUUCCUUUCCUCGGGCGAAUAGUUGGUGCCAUCAUCUUUGGUUAUAUAGCUGAUUGGAUCUUCUGUAAGCAAUGGCUGUCCAUUACAAACUUGAGGAAGGUGUUCCAGGUAACAGGAUUGAUUGGCUCUGCUCCAUUCCUUAUAUGGAUAACAUAUCUGGGAAAGGAUGACGCAAUUCUAGCAGUGGUCCUCAUGGUCGUUUACUGGUUCAUUCUCACUGCCAUGAACUCUGGUUUUCGGGUCAACUUCGCAGACAUCGCUCCAAGAUACGCUGGGUUGUUAAAUGGAAUAUGCAUGUGUCUAAAUGGUUUCAUAUCGAUAUUUGUUCCCAUUAUUGUGACAGCAAUUACUCCAAACGGUACUAAAGAGGAAUGGAGAGCUGUAUUUUAUGGCUGUGUCGGGGUGUCUGUGGUCGGAGCAGUUGUAUUUGUUGUGUUAGCAAGUGGAGAGGAACAAGAAUGGGCGAAAGAUCAGACUUCUGAUAGUAAUUUGGCCAUUACAGACGCCGGUAACAAGAGCAUAGAUUUUAAUCCAUCCACGACAACUGAUGAGUCAGCGCCACUUACAUUUAACAGAUUAAAAGAAAAUACAGACGGGAAAUAUCUGACGCGAUACACAAGAGAUGGGCAGGUAUUUGUGCAGCAGCUAGAGCUACUCGAUGACAUCUGGUCGCUGGUUGCAGGAAACUGA